GACUUUAUCCCGCCUCUGUUUCCCUGCCCGGGGGAGCAAUGACAUCACGCGGCCUUCUCCAGGCACCGACACAAAGAGCAGGGCGGAGAGGCCGCUGCAGGGGGAGCCGGCGGCCGCCGCUGCCGCCCAGGGCCCUGGGGCCCCGCCGGCCAGGCCCGCCGUCCGCGGCCGGCGUCUUUCCUCCUCCGCCUCUGCGGCCCCCUCCUCAGUCGCUGCCGCCGGCGCCCUCCGCGCGCCUCUGAGCCCGCGCCGGGCCGCGCCGGCCCCUUCCCAUGCGGGCGGCGCGGGCCCUGGGAGGGGCGCCCGGAGCCAGCCGCGCAGCAUGCACUGGGGGGUUGGCUUUGCCUCGUCCAGGCCGUGCGUGGUGGAUCUGAGCUGGAACCAGAGCGUCUCCUUCUUCGGCUGGUGGGCCGGGUCCGAGGAGCCCUUCUCCUUUUAUGGGGACAUCAUCGCUUUCCCUUUGCAGGAUUACGGUGGGAUCAUGGCAGGGCUGGGCUCCGAUCCCUGGUGGAAGAAAACCCUUUACUUGACUGGGGGAGCUUUGCUGGCCGCAGCUGCGUAUCUGCUCCACGAACUCCUGGUCAUUAGGAAACAGCAAGAGAUUGACUCUAAAGAUGCUAUUAUUUUGCAUCAGUUUGCAAGACCUAACAAUGGUGUUCCCAGUUUAUCUCCUUUCUGUUUAAAAAUGGAAACUUAUUUAAGGAUGGCUGACUUACCGUAUCAGAACUAUUUUGGUGGAAAGCUUUCUGCUCAAGGGAAAAUGCCUUGGAUUGAAUAUAAUCAUGAAAAAGUUUCUGGCACAGAAUUCAUAAUUGACUUUCUGGAAGAGAAACUUGGAGUGAAUUUAAACAAAAACCUUGGCCCUCAUGAAAGAGCCAUCUCCAGAGCGGUGACCAAGAUGGUGGAGGAGCACUUCUACUGGACGUUAGCUUAUUGCCAGUGGGUGGACAAUCUCAAUGAGACCCGGAAGAUGCUCUCUCUUAGUGGUGGUGGUCCCUUCAGCAACCUGCUGAGGUGGGUCGUGUGCCACAUAACGAAAGGAAUUGUGAAACGCGAGAUGCACGGCCACGGCAUUGGCCGCUUCUCCGAGGAAGAGAUUUACAUGCUGAUGGAGAAGGACAUGCGGUCUUUAGCAGGGCUUUUGGGUGAUAAGAAGUACAUCAUGGGGCCCAAGCUUUCCACUCUCGACGCCACUGUCUUUGGACACUUGGCCCAGGCAAUGUGGACCUUACCAGGGACAAGACCCGAGCGGCUGAUCAAAGGUGAGCUGAUCAACCUUGCCAUGUACUGUGAGAGGAUAAGGAGGAAAUUCUGGCCAGAGUGGCACCAUGAUGAUGACAAUACCAUCUAUGAGUCUGAGGAGAGCAGUGAAGGCAGCAAAACCCACACCCCGCUGCUGGAUUUUAGCUUUUACUCAAGGACAGAGACCUUUGAAGAUGAGGGAGCAGAAAACAGUUUUUCCAGAACCCCAGACACGGAUUUUACGGGACACUCACUCUUUGAUUCGGAUGUGGACAUGGAUGACUAUACGGACCACGAACAGUGCAAGUGAUGUCCAGCUUCGCGGACCCUCUUCCUUGGGAUCUGCCAUUCCCUGGGUUGGUCCAUUUUCCCAGGUAGCAUUCCAUCCGAGCUGGGAGGAGAUCUUCGUGCUUGGCACAGUUUUCACAUGCUAAGUGGACUAUAGCAGCCUUAUUUCUUUUUUGUACAAACAAAACACAGAACCAUUCAGAUGACUUCAUUUAAAACAAACAGGCAAAAAAAAAAAUAAUAAUGUCAGCAUGGUUCCUGAAAUCCAUUUUUGUUUUCAUUAGAAAACUAUUAAUAAUAUUGUGUGGUAGAGCAGGUAUAAGAGCGAGUUGCCAGCUGAUAGUGUUUAUGAUGAUCCUCUUCAUCCUGAGGUCUUAGUUGUGAGAUGGAUUCUUGAACCUCCUUCAUCCAUCAGGAUUUGAAGUAAUGAGAGAUAUCAUCAGAAAAAAUGUAGGAGAUAAAUGUUUUCUGGUGGCUGCUUGUACUUUAUGUGUGCAUAUUGUAUGUCGAGAUGUAAGUCAAAUAAAAUCCACAGAUAUUCAACAAACACCUACUAUGUGCAAAGCACUGUGCUAGGUGCUAAUCAGUAUGUGUUUUAUUCUGAGCCCUGCCAGUGACUAGCUGUGUGAUUUUGAGCAAAUCUCUUAUUAACUAAUGUGUGCCUCAUUUCUCCCACCUGCAAAGUGGGGAUGACAAUACUCUCCACCUACCUACCUCACAGGGGUGUUGUGGGGAUUCAUGUGAUAACAUUCGUUCGGCGCUUUAAACCUCUUGGACGUGGUGCAACAUAAACACAGCAUUUUAUUCUUUAUUGCACUUGACGCAUGUGAAGAUUUGAGGGCAAAGGAAUUUCAUAUCCAGGCAACCACCACCACAGUCACUUGCAAAAGCUGAGCAGAUGAAAUGCACACAAAGGUACACUUAGCACUUUGUCAUCAUUCCUUUCUGUGAUCUUGGUUGAAUCAAAAUCUUUUGUUCAAAGAACAUUGGAAGUGUUUUUACAAAUUAUCGACAGCUACAAACAGUUUUCAAUUCUACUGUGUAUUUGCAGAAAAGUGGUUCUUUCAUUGCCUGAACUCAUGCAUGUUCUGUGUUGACGCCGGAGUGUUAAGUUGCCUAUGUUUCAUUUAUUUGAGGAGAAUAAAUCUCAGGAAUAUGGUGGGUUUCACAGAGGUGAAGGGGCAAGUAUUUGAUUGAUUUUUGUAAGCAGAGGCUUGCCAACUUGUAAUGUCUUUUUGAAAACAAACCUUGCAGAGAUGUAUUGAAAAGAUGAAGUAGCAAGAUGAUACUUGUAUCAAAGCACUCUGUUCAGUGAUAGACUAUAUGUGGUUUUAUUAAUGCAGCUUAUCUGGUAUUUUUGGCCACUGCCCAGUGAGAGGAGAGCAAUCCUGAGAACAACUCUUAAUGUUUUUCCUGUGUCUUCCCCGUUCUCUCUCUCUUUCUCUAUAGUAUUCUAUGAACUGUUGGCUUACCCAUGUUUGUGAAGGCACCAUAUUUCCAAAGUUUUUUUUUUUUUUUUUUUGACUUAGGACAUUUUCCAGGGAAAUAUGGGGCAAAGAUCCUGGAUGACGGUUGUGGAUUUGGGCUAGGAGAGCCAGUGUUAAGAAUUUACAAUUGCAAAUGAAACUGCUUUCUUCUGACCAACAUAAGGAUUGUUCACUAUAGGGUUAAAGAGGCACUUCUUAAAGGCAACUUCUGAGAAAUCCAUGUACUUUACUUGAAAAAAAGAAAAACACCUCUUUUUGAAUAUAGCAUUUGCAAAAUCAUUUUAAAAGACUGCUGUAGAUUCACAAAGAGGUAAAGGGAGAAGAGAUUUUGAGGCUGUUUACUUACCUCUUAAGCAAUUGUGUAGGGCAUAUGUACGUGGGAAUACAUGCUGAGAUACCCCAAGUUAGAAAUUCUUAUUCCACGGGAAACUUAGUUGUUAAAAUCUUAUUAUAAGGGUUUUAUUAAAACCCUGCUUAUUUAGAGGAACUGUUUGAUGCCUAAUAAGAAUGUGGUGGAGAAGAUAUGAGUGGAUAAGCCUGUUUUGAGGCUGCAGCAUCGUUUGGGAGGACUGUUUGCCUCCCCUGUCUCUAGCAAGUGUGUUUUAAGGCCAACUUGUGGCACUUCUGUGUGAUUAGGGAGACUUCUGGACUAAAAAUAUGAAUAUCAUGAAGAGGUGGACUGUAGACCUGUCUCCACAAAGCAUGGGUUGUCUUUUUCCCACUACAUUGCAGCUGAAAAGAAAUGUAUUUGAAUUUUUCUCUGUAAACAAUUUAUUCUUACUGUAUAGUACCAAGUGUGAUGUAUUUUCUCUCAAAGGAUGAUCAAGUUAUGAGAAUGUAGAUUCAUAUAUGUUUUUAAUUUUGUAUUACUUGGAAUACAAGUAUGUGGAGAACCAACUUUGAAAAUGAAGUUGUAAAAUAAGUCAUUCUAUCCAGGUACCUCCUACAGGGGCAUGAAUGGACACUGCUACCUGGAGUCUUGGGCACUUGCUUGACAGCUUAUGACUGGGCACUCAACAUUUUGUAGCUGUUAACUUGAUUUCGAUCCCUGGAAUAUACCCCAGCUUUACUUUCCCAAGGUGGGUUAUGCAAACAAAAUAACCAAGACAAAGUCAGCAUGGUGUGGGUCUUUAUCCACAAGGCUUUGAUUUCAUGUGAUUCAUUCUUAAGCUACCCAGAUUUGAAAUGUUCUCCAAUUUCAUGAACAGGUGCUAAUUAUAAGAAAAAACAAUAAGGAGUUAAGGGACAUUUUGGUCAUCUGGCUUCUUGUUCAAGUUCUGUGUUUCCUUUUUGCUGGAAGGUAACUUGAACUAUGUGAUCUUUAAUAUUAACAGAUAUUUUUAGUUGGACAGAAGACUGACCCAUGGGCUAUUUGUUCUUUUUUACCUCUCAUUGUAAAAGUAAAUCAAGCUCUUAUAUCCAUCUCUCUUUGCCCACUUGCAUCCUCCCUCAUCAAGAUGAAUGAGCAGAAUCAAUAUGCUUUACUAUCCAUCAGAACAGAUAUAAGGACAAUAUAUAUUUAUGCAAAGAUGAACUAUAUUGUCAGCAUUUACCAUUUUGCUGUUGUUACGUAAUGAAUUUUGGAAAGUGAUACUACCAAGGCUGUGGGCUAUCCAGAAGACUGAUCUGAGACUUAGAACAACUUAGACUUGAAUCACAACUGCAGUCAUGUCCUCAAGUGAGCCCUGGCCAUGUAUACUGAAGGCAUUAGGGUAUAUUUUUGUGAAACAGUUAGGGUUCAAGGAACAGACAUACUAAGGAGUUUAGCCUCAUUGGUCUUGCUUAAAUUUGUUUGAGAGAAGCUAGAGUAAUCGAAAUGUAUAGCUGUGCCAAAAAAAUCAGCUGUAGAAAGCAACUUAGUUGGCUUGGUGUCACACACAUACUUAUUUGAAGGGCAGAACCCAAAACUUGAGGUCAGUGAUGGUUCUUUCCACUACACCAUCUUGCCCAUGAUGGUUUCUUUUUAUUAUACUGUCUUGCCCCUGAUGUUUCUUUCCAUUACACCACCUUGGCUUGGUUGUCUUAUAAAGUGCAUGUUACCUGAGAAGUCACCCUGUGUUCACAGACCCAGCACAUUUCCAGCCAUUCUUUGCUUGGAAUCCUACUUCACUUUUGUCCAUGUCCAGUGAGCCUGGUCAAGCCAAUAACAGAAACCUUUUAUCAGUUAUCUCCUCUGUGCAGGGCAUUGCUUGACUCUGUGAAGAAUAGCAAGAUGGAUUCCCACAUCACCAAGACUCCUCAUAGUUUCUUAUGUAUCUUUUAAAGAACCUAUACCCAUUCCCUCACUUGCUGAAUAUUUAUGGAGCCCCUACUCAGUGCCUGGCCCUGGGAUCUAUACUAGUUGUAGAGUGGCAAAUAGAACAGCACAGAGCUCUGAUUUCAGGGCAUCUCCUUUUGCCUAGACUUUCUCUAGCCUCUUUUACAUACUUGGCCACUUUCCUGUUCCAUUCCACCCACCACCAAUGGAUUAAUCUUUGUGAAAAGCUCUUUGGCCCUGAUGGGGUGUGCAUUGCCUCAUGGUGAGGGGAUACUCUUAGGGUCUGGUGUUUUCACCUUUAUUUACCUUGUCUCCAUAGCUCCUGCAUGGAAGCCACCCAGUGCAGCCAGGUUGAGCCAUUUGCCAUCGCCUAAACAAGCCUCAUGUGCCCCACCUCUGUGCCUCUGCUUAUGCCAGUCCUCCCGAAAUGUCCUAUUCUCUGCUCCACUGGCCCAAGUCAUGCCCAUCUCUCAAGGUCUGACUUCAUCAGCUUCACAUGAAGACUUCCUAGCUGAUUAUAAUCUAUUUCUUUGAAAGUGAAGCACUCACCAUUUCCUUCCCUGAAGGUCACAUGGGAAAGACACUCAGACCAUGGGUCACAUACUAUUAAAUGGUGAUUUUUUUCACUUUUUGGGUGUCAGGAUCUCCACUGAUAAUCUAAUGAAAGUUCUAUACCCUAUUUCCAGAAAAACACAUAUAUGCAAAUAUAUAAAAUUUUACAUAUAAAUUGAGGAAAUUUAGAGACCUCCUGAAAUUAUCCAUGGUUCCUUAGGGGGUCAAUGGACCCCAGUUAAAAAGUCUUGUUCCAAGGAAUCUUUAAAUGUUAUCAUUGUGUUUGUUCUUGUUUUUAACAUAGCCAGAGAGAAGAAAAAUUGGUACAGGCUAUUCAGGCAAAAGUAAUCUCUAUUAUUACCCAUGUUCAGUGUCUCUUGAGUGACAGAAAAGAAGAAAGAAGUGUUAUCGUAGGUUAUUUGAAAAAAUACUGUUUUGGAGGUUUGGAGUUUUGAAAGUGACAGGAUUUUGUUGUUGUCGUUGUCAUUUAUCUUUUAACCAACCCUAAAAUUGUCAAAAUGAGUUCAGGGCCAAGUGCACUUCGUUUUAGCCCUGAAACCCACCACUUCUGCAUGGAUAGGAUGACCAGUCUGGGCUGAAGGUGGGAAAAAAAAGGCUGGAUUUUUCUUUACAGGAGAAAGAUCUGCACAAUCAGGUUUUCCUGUAUUCAUUCAUUCAUUCAUUCAUUCAACAAUUGUUGAGUGUAUUUUCAAUAAAAGGUGGGUGUCUUUUGUUGAUAGGGAACAACUCAGGUUAUUCCUAUUUCUUUCUUUCCUUUAUGUUUUUUACAGAGUAAAGUUAUUUUGUUGUUCCUGACUAUGACCCAGGAUCCUUUGUUUUCCUUUAUAUGCAGUGCUAUUUAAGUCAUACUAGAACUGACAAAAGUACACUCAAUGACAAAUACUUCCGAAGCUAAAUGCUGGGCUCUGGGAACCCAUCUUUAACAGGUCCAGGGAUAAAUUGCAUUUGACUGUGAAAUGCUUGACCUUUAUUUAGUUGCUCCCAGUGGUCCGGAUAUAACUUGGGAAGUUCAAAAGGAUCUUCUUGGUGGGGAGGAGGGUGAAGCCUCUUGCCUCUAAGACUCUUGCUAGUGUCAGGGGUAGAUGCAAACAUACGUGGGAUGCUUUCCUCAUCUGAAUUCCUCACCAGAAACUCAGAUUUUUGGUCCCUGUCUUUCCAAGAAUAUCUUAAGGAUAUUAAAGUUUUCUUAAAUGUUGAGAUUAGAUUGCUGGAACCAGCAACAUUAGUCUUGCCCGUUAGAGAUGAUUAUAGAGGGUACUGAAGCAUAGAUUUAAAAAAAUGGACUCAGUUGUUUUGGAGCUGACAGGGUGACCUCCUCAAACAUUCUGCUUUCGCCAAUGUUGGGAACUUGUCCCCAGACUUAGGCCCUCUAAAAAUCCUGCUGCUGGCUGGACCAUGACAAACUACGAUGCUCAAAUUUCAUGAGGAUAAUUGCCUUAAGUUGUCAAAUGGGUAGACAAAUAAAGGGGACCAUUGCAAUAAUAAAAUGAAUAACCUUAUAGAUAUGGUCUAGCAGUGCCAAACUGACCAUUUCAGUGGGAAAACAAGUCUUCUGGAGUAAAAGAUGGAUACAGUACUUUGUUUUUCUAUACACAAAUAAUUUUAGCAAUGAACUUAAUGGCCAUUAUGCAUUUUUGAAACAAUCCACUAACUGUAAAGCUAUAUAUAUAUAUGUAUCAUAAUCAAUUAACUUUUUGUAAGUUGUGUUACUAAAUGUGACUAAUUCACCUCCCACCCACCCCCAUUGGCAUGCAUUUAUUUUUGUUUUUAUUUGUGGCUCUGGAAUAGAGUAACUUUCAUUUAUUAGUAAUGCUUAAGCUUUUUUCCUUUUUUAGUACCUUUUUGUUUUUAGUUACCCCAUGACUUCUAAAAAAAUAAGAUCCAACUUCUGAAUUACCAUGUUAUUUAAUGGUGGCUAAACAUAUAGCAGAGGGAAUAUAAUUGUUCAGUGAGGGCUAAAAAAGAGAAAUGAUUUAAAUAUUUACUAUCUUCUUCCUCUUUAAAAAAUUGUUGAUGACUUUCCCCUUUCAUAUUUCAGAAUCAGAAAUGUUCUUUCAUAUUUGCUUCUCUUCUAUAAGACAUUAUAUUUGACUUAUUAAAAUAUAAACUAUGUCCAAAUGAUUGUAUUUUUACCUUUAAAAAUUAUAUCUGGGAUUUGUUUUUUGCAGAAAUAAGGCUGAAGACUUCUGCUUCAGUAGAGAUGACAUGUUUGUGUUACUGCUGUCAAAAUGAUUUUAUUGCAAGUAAUAAGCCUCGUGGGAUCAGAACAUGCUUAUUGUAAACACAUGUUUUUUCCCAGUGAUCUACAUCAUGCCAAUGUUUGACAGCUCAAAUGUUGAUGAGGGUGAUGGUUGGAAAAAUGAGGGUCUGAGUCCUCCAUUUGGGGUAUUAGAAUUUAACUGAGUAGGAGGAGAGAAGAAAACAGUAACAAAUGUGAGAGUUUCAAGCAACUAUGUGGUAUGGUUGUGGUAGAGAUGUAUCAGGCAAUUGAAAGUUUUCUAGGUGGUGGCAUCUUGCUAAAAUAAUAAAAAGCACAGGUUUAUGAGUAAAAAACAAAUGCAAUCUAUGUAGGGAAGGAUUUUCUGUGAAUAUACAAGUGGCCAGUCCAGGAAAUGUUGAAGUAACAUUUGUCUUUAUCUUAAUUUCUAUGCUUGUGUCCCCCAUUCCGCUUCUGAAGCCAGGCCUGGGACCUUAGAUAGCAGCCUAGAGGGUCUGGCCCUGAUAUGUUUACUCUUUUAAUUUUGGAAUUUCCUUCUGGUCUUUAAAAAGUGCUGCAUAUUAUCUUUCAUUUUAUAAAUAUAAAAUGUACACAGUAAUUUACAUUCUGUUUUAGAGAAGCCCUUUAAAUGUUUGGAGACAGCCCAGAUCAUCCCUAUUUAGGCAGUGGUCUCCAAACCUUUGUGCUUAUUCACCCAUCAGUAAAACUUUCUCAGCUUGCCCCUCCAUGUAUUUAUUUAUGAUAUACAUAUAUAUAUAUGUAUAUGUAUACACUGCUGUAUAUGUAUAUACUGUUGUACUGAUGUAAACAUUAAAAACCAUAGCAAACAUAGAAAUUUUAAAAGUAUAUUUUCUGGUCCACAAUGGAGUUUAGAGAAUGGGACAAGGGGUCUUUAGGGGUUAGCAUCCAGAUGGCUGUAAUUGAUUAGAAAAUGUGUAUAUACUAUUUGUGGCAAAGCACAUAUAAAAUAGUCAUGGACACAUGAUUUUAAUUCAAGGUAUUUAAUUAUUUUUACCUAAAAAGGCAUUUUUGGUUGGGGAAGAAAAGGAUGAACAAUUCGGUGUCACCUUUAAGACUGCUCUUUUUAAUUCUGCUUUUGGGACCAUUUGAUCUAGAAUGUCUUGAAAAUUCCAGAAAGAUUUAACAACACACUGAUUUAAGCAAAACAAAGAAAAAGAAAGUAGGGGUGGGGUGGUACCCCAAUAAUGCAAAUACGGGAUGUGUUGUCUGAGAAUUUCAGCAUCAAUCUGAAAAACAUGUUUUGAUAAUGCCUGGUAAUUCGUCAUCUCACUGAUUACAUGUCUUUUUUUCUAUUUGUUUAUAACCUUGUGUCUUCAAAUGUGGCAGAUGUACAGACUUAUUUUCAGAUAUCUGAGAUAGGAAGGGCCAAUGUUGGCAUAAUUUGAACCCGCAUUUCAGCUGCUUGGGGCUGAUGGGCAGAAACCACCUGGAAACACCUGCAUGAUCUGUUUUGCAAACACGAUGAUUAGCAUCUUGCUGAAUGAUUACCCCAGUAUGAAGGUGGCAUUUCAGUGUUUAUUUCUGGACCUAUGAGUUACUUUAGCAGAGUUAUUAGUAGUUUAUGAAGCCAUAUUUAAAACUUGUACACUUGAUUGUAAGAUAGAUUUGAAUUGUGCACUAUGUUGAUUACUGUAUAUAAAUGUGGAAAAUCUGUAUAUUUGGUCUUAAUGCUGUAUGUAUUUGAUGUGUAAAUGAUAACUAAUGGAUAUGAAA